UACGAAAGUCGUACAUUCUCCUUAAACUCUCAUUCGACAUGGAUUAUCCCUGGCCAACUGCAAAUCCCUUGCCUAACGACUACUAUAACAACUGUGCCGCUUCCCAAUACGCUACUUUUAUGGACGCAAAUCGGCACCAGUCAAAAGGGUUAUUGGACGAAACUUGCCCAGUUUGCGGUGAUAAAGUCUCUGGUUAUCAUUAUGGCCUUCUAACCUGCGAAAGCUGUAAAGGUAUGAAAAUUUAAUUUGACAGCGCGAAUUUUUUCAAGCAAAUCCGGUCUUUGAUGCGAUCACUGAGCAUCCUUGGACACUUUACGGUCGAUUUGAAACUGUAAUUUUGCAGUAGACUAGAUUUAACUAUUUCCCCCCUUCCUUUGAUAUAUUUUUUCUCAUUUUAGGCUUCUUCAAGAGAACAGUUCAAAAUAAAAAAGUUUAUUCAUGCGUUGAUCAGCAAAAUUGUCCAAUUGAUAAGACUCAACGCAAAAGAUGUCCAUAUUGCAGAUUUCAAAAGUGUUUGAAUGUUGGAAUGAAAUUAGAAGCCGUUAGGGCGGAUCGUAUGCGAGGAGGAAGAAAUAAAUUUGGACCAAUGUACAAAAGGGAUAGAGCUUUGAAGCAACAAGCUCUUAGGCAAAGACAGCAUUUUAUACAGUAUUCUUCCAGUUUUCCUCUUCAAAUUCAUCCCCCGCCUCCUGUUGAACUUACACCAGACAUCAAACCUGACAUCAAACCCGAUUUAGGCCAACUUUGUCCAUCUCGGAUUCAACAAUCGCCUAUUUACGAAAUACCGCAUCCUCCUUCGGCUUAUCAGGAAUUUCUUCCCCCGGAAAUUCAUCAACCCCCAGGAGGACUUCACCGACCAAUCCCUGACGUUAUUCAUCUUCUAACAGAGGCCUGCUGUAACUGUGAGAGUUCGAGCUUCUUCUCGUGCCUAAGUUCAACAAUAGAACAAGAGCUUAUGAAGUGGGUAACCACUUGUUCGAGACCAAUUUUCGUUAACGAGAAUAACGAUUUGAGCGCUGAGUUGAUUAACGUUUUAUGUAAAUUGACGGACGUUAGUCUUUUCAAAUUUGUUGAAUGGGCUAGACAAACUGUUCUAUUCAAAGAAUUGAACGUCGAAGAUCAAAUGAAGUUGUUGCAAAAAUGUUGGUCGCAAUCACUACUGUUAAAUUUCCUUAUAAGGCAGGCGAUAACUGAUAAAUGUGACGAAUUACUCCUUGUCCCAGGACAUUCGAUAACCUUUGAUUUCCUAAAUAGAAUCGGUUUAAGAAAAUGGACAGAGAUAUUGUGGUCGAUGAUAACGAGAUGGAAGUCUUUAAGGGCUGAUGAACACGAGAUAGCAUGUCUGAGAUUUUAUCUCCUUUUCUGCGGAGAUCAUGUAACCGAUGAGAGAGUUAAGAAAUGGAGGACAGACAUUUCCAACGCCCUUAGAGAUUAUACUUAUCCGGGUAAAUUCGAACAGAUGCUUUGCUUCCUGGAACACAUUGAACAGCUUGCUGGAAAAUGCGAAUUCUAUUUGUUUCAGAGACACUUAAAGGGUGAUGUUCCAUGCGGAAACAACUUACUCAUUGAAAUGCUUCAUUGUCGUAUUGCCUAGAACUCAUAGUCUUAUAUUUUCUGUCUGUCUUCUUAUAUCUAUAUCUCAUUUUCUCUCUCCCUCCUUUCUACCAAUUGCCAUUCCACUUUCCGCUCCCCAUCCUUUUCUCUCCCUACCCUACACCUUAUCUCUCCCCUCCUUCUCUCUCUCUAUAUAUACAAUAUAUAUAUAUAUAUAUAUAUAUAUAUUGAUAGUCGUGUUUGUCAACCUGCUUAAUUAAUUAAGAAAAGAAUCGUAAUUGUCGAUUUCGUGUUUUUCCUUUUCAACACUUAUAACCACCAUAAUACACUAUCUGAUUAAUUAUAUGCCAACUCUAUAAUAAUUUAGAUGGGUAGGAAAGGGAAAGUGGAAAGUUUUGGAAUAAUAGGAGUUAAAAUCAGGAUGAGGGAGACAUCAGCCUUUAUGCAAAACAACGCGAGCAAUGACUUUCCUGGAUAGAAAACACUGUAGUGUGUAUAAAUAGUAGGAGAAAUGACUUUUUCUAUUGCUUUCUAAUAAUAAUCGUAGGUAUGUAUGUUUAUUAUAAUUAUAGAAAUACUUGACAAACAUUAAUAUUGUAUAGACAUAUAUAUAUAUAUAUAUAUAUA